UAAAUAUUUUUUGUGUAUUUUUUUUUUGGUUUCAUCAACAAUGUCAAACAGAUCGUUACGUAUUGCCAUUAUUGGACAAAGUGUCUUCGCAGCAGAAGUAUUUAAACAACUUGUAGACGGUGGUCAUGAAAUUGUUGGUGUAUUUACAAUUAAAGAUAAAGGAAAUCGUGAAGAUCCUCUAGCUAUUACUGGAAAGGAAUACAAUGUACCUGUAUUCAAAGUGGCAGCAUGGCGUAAAGCUGGUAAACCAAUUCCCGAAAUAUUAGAACAGUAUCAAUCGGUGAAUGCUGAUUUAAACGUUUUACCAUAUUGUUCACAAUUUAUUCCAAUGGAAGUUAUUGAUUAUCCACCAUUAAGAAGUAUUUGUUAUCAUCCGUCUAUUUUACCACGGCAUCGAGGAGCCAGUGCUAUUAAUUGGACGCUUAUGUGUGGAGAUAAAGAGGCCGGCUAUACCAUAUUUUGGGCUGAUGAUGGCUUAGAUACUGGCCCAAUUUUAUUACAAGAAUCAUGCAAAGUCUUACCAACAGAUACAGUCGACACGUUAUACAAUCGAUUCUUGUAUCCGUCUGGAAUUGAUGGAGUGGCCAGAGCUGUUGAUAUGGUGGCAGAUGGAUCCGCUCCAAAAAUUCCCCAAACAGAAGUUGGGGCAACUUAUGAUCCAAUGCUAAAUAAAAAAGAAUUGCAAAAGAUUGAUUGGUCAAAGUCUGGUCUAGAAAUCUAUAAUUUUAUUCGUGGGAUGGAUUCUGUACCAGGUGCAUGGUCUCAAAUUGAAAUUGAAAAUGAUAAUGAAAAAGUAAUAGAAGAAGUCCGAUUGUUUGGUGCAAGUUACGAUGUCGAUACAAAGUUUAUAAAAGGCAAAGAAAUACAUGUUUUAGAAAUGUGUGGAACUGGUAUUGUCCAUGAAAAUGGGCUUAUUGUAUUUGGAAGUGAUGGCGUUGCUAUAAAUAUCCAAAGAGUCAAAGUUGGUACAAAAAUGAUAACUGCAAAUAAAUUAGGCCAAAAAAGUGAUGUACAAAAUAAUUUGGUACUAACUCCUGAAGAGGAGAAGAUUAUUAAUACGAUCAACAAUAUUUGGUCAUCAAUAUUGAAUAUCGAAGUUGAUGAAGAUACAGACUUCUUUGCCUCUGGUGCUGGAUCCAUGGAUGUAGUUCGAUUAGUUGAAGAAGUUAAAGAUGAAGUACAAGUUGAAAUAGAAAAAGAUGUCGUUUUCUUGGCAACUACAUUUUCUGAAUUUUGUAAUGCAGUGAUUCUUCUUAAACGUAGUGGAGGAAAAGUUGAAGAAGAAAUUGUUUAUGAUGCUGUUGAAUUAAACAUAAACAAAAAACAUUUAAAAUUCCCUCGACAAUUGUUCAUUAAUGGCAAAUUUGUAAAUUCUGAAAGUGGCAAGAAAACACCAGUAAUCAACCCUGCAGAUGAAAGCAUUAUAUGUGAAGUUGAGUGUGCAUCAGAAAAAGAUGUCAACGCAGCAGUUGCAGCUGCUCUUCAUGCCUUUAAGGAAGGCGAAUGGUCAAAAAUAAGUGCCAGAGAACGUGGGGAAUUACUAAUGAAAUUAGCUAACCUUAUGGAAGAACAUUGUGAAGAAUUAGCAACAUUAGAAUCAAUUGACUCCGGCGCUGUGUACACGCUUGCCUUAAAAACUCACGUAGGCAUGAGUAUUAACACCUGGAAAUACUUUGCUGGAUGGGCAGAUAAAAUUCAAGGAAAUACAAUUCCAAUUGCUAAUGCUAGACCUAAUAAAAACUUAAGUUUUACAAAAAAAGAGCCUAUUGGUGUUUGUGCAUUAAUAACACCAUGGAAUUAUCCUUUAAUGAUGUUGUCCUGGAAAAUGGCAGCUUGUUUAGCGGCUGGUAAUACUGUCAUAAUAAAACCAGCACAAGUUUGCCCAUUAACAGCUUUAAAAUUCGCUGAAUUAUCCGCAAAAGCCGGGAUACCUCCCGGUGUUAUAAACGUUUUAAGUGGUACUGGUUCGGGAGCUGGUCAAGCAUUAGCCUCACAUCCUGAUGUUCGCAAAUUAGGGUUUACAGGAAGUACCGAAAUUGGAAAAGUGAUAAUGAAAUCUUGUGCAGAUUCAAAUUUGAAGAAAGUUUCACUUGAACUUGGUGGAAAAUCACCAUUGGUAGUUUUUGCUGAUUGUGAUUUAGAUAAAGCUGUUCGCUUGGGUAUGCAAAGUGUAUUUUUCAAUAAAGGUGAAAAUUGUAUCGCAGCAGGAAGGAUUUUCGUCGAAGAAAGUAUCCAUGAUAAAUUUGUACGAAAAGUAGUUUCAGAAACUAGAAAAAUUAAAAUUGGAGAUCCGUUAAAUCGUGCAACGUCGCAUGGACCUCAAAAUCACUUAGCUCAUCUUAAAAAGUUAAUUGAAUAUUGUGAAAUUGGGGUGAAAGAUGGUGCAACUUUAAAAUAUGGAGGCCGAAGAUUACCUCGUCCAGGAUUCUUCUUUGAACCUACCGUAUUUACCAACGUGACUGAUGACAUGUUUAUUGCAAAAGAAGAAUCAUUUGGACCAAUUAUGAUUAUUUCUAAAUUUAAGGAUGGUGAUGUGGAUGGUGUAAUAAAACGUGCUAAUAAUACAGAGUAUGGUUUAGCUUCUGGAGUAUUCACAUCUGAUAUGUCAAAAGCUUUAAGAUUUGCAGAUGCUAUUGAAGCUGGUACAGUAUUUGUUAAUACAUACAACAAAACAGAUGUUGCUGCACCUUUUGGUGGUUUUAAACAAUCUGGUUUUGGAAAAGAUUUAGGUAUGGAAGCGUUAAAUGAAUACUUAAAAACUAAAUGUGUAACAAUAGAAUAUUAGAUUAGUAAAGUAAUUUUUUAGUAUUAAAUUUAAUAAUUUAUUAAUAAGCUGCAUUUAUAAUAUUUA